AUGCCAACACCACGGUUUGCAGUGAUCGAUGCAAAAGUAUUGCAGCACUCGCUGUCCAGCAUCGACGUGGCGGCGCUGGUGGGCGUGAUGAUUUACUCCAUUACGAUCCUCUUCUACGGCUUCAACCCGCCUGCGAGCGAUAUCCCAGCCGGGUACCGAUGGCUUUACACGAUCACACCUCAGCGAUACUCAAUCAGUGUGUUAGUUUCUCUCGUGUUCAGCGACUGUGACGAGCUACUGAGCUACGACACUGAGACGAAGCAGUACGUGAACGUUGGCAGUAGUCUCGGCUGCCAGCCGAUGACCAACCCGCCGACCAACAUCGACCAUACCACGAUCAAGGAGUACGUCGAGUCCACGUUCGAGUACAAGCACGACGAGAUCUGGCGCAACUUCGGCAUCGUCCUCCUGUUCAUUGUCGUCUUACGGCUGAUGGCGCUGUUUUGCCUCCGCUUCAUCAACCACCAGAAGAGAUAG